AUGGCGCUGUCCGUAAGGAAUAACAUGAAUCGUCUCUUCGGUUUCAUUCAGAAGUUUAACUAUUCAAAGAGGUCUCUGUGUACUUCUGUUCCACCGGAUAUAAAGGAGGCGUCAGUGGAGAGCCGUGUCUUCUCUGGCAUCCAGCCCACAGGGGUGCCUCACUUGGGGAACUACCUGGGUGCUCUGGAGAACUGGGUGUCCCUGCAGCAUCAGUACCCUCUGAUCCUGUACAGCAUCGUGGACCUUCACUCCAUCACACAGCCCCAGGACCCGGAGCAGCUCAGAGCCAACAUCCUGGACAUGGCAGCCAGCCUGUUGGCCUGUGGCAUUGACCCUGAAAAGGCCAUACUCUUUCAGCAGUCUCAGGUCUCUGAACACGCUGAACUGUCCUGGAUCCUUAGCUGUUUGACGAGUAUGCCCCGCCUCCGACACCUGCCUCAGUGGAAGAUGAAGAGCAAACAGAAAAGUGAAGGCAGCGUUGGUCUGUACACGUACCCCGUGCUGCAGGCGGCCGAUAUACUCCUCUACAAGUCCACUCAUGUCCCAGUUGGAGAGGAUCAGGUGCAGCAUCUGGAGCUGGCACAGGAUUUGGCCAGAAUCUUCAACCACCGCUUCGGUGACCUGUUCCCUGAGCCACACACACUGCUCAGUUCAACCCGGAAGGUGAAAUCCCUCCGUGAUCCAUCAACCAAAAUGUCCAAGUCUGACCCACACCACAUGGCCACCAUCAGCAUCACAGACUCUCCAGACGACAUCGCCCUGAAGAUCCGUCGUGCAGUGACAGACUUCACCUCAGAGGUCACAUUUGACCCUGACAAUCGCCCGGGCGUCUCUAACCUGGUGACUAUCCACGCCGCGAUGGCACAGCUCUCUGUGGAGGAGGCUGUGUCACAGGCCAAAGGGAUGGAUACAGGGGCCUACAAGAGGCUGGUGACUGAAGCUGUGGUUCAGAGACUAACGCCGAUCAGAGAGGAGAUCGAGAGGCUGAGAGCGGACAGGAGUCACCUGGAGUCAGUGCUUUUCCAGGGGACUCAAAAGGCUCGACAACUAGCUACUCCCGUCCUAAAAGAGGUCCGGCACAGAGUGGGCUUCUGCUAAUGUUUGUAAACACGGACCCUCCAUCUAACAUAU